UAAUUAACUUUUUUUUUUUUGUCGGCUCUUUAAAACAGUCUCUCACCUCUCUAUAUAUUAACGAAACACGCCGACGAAUCUAUCAUCAUCCCACAAACCCUAAAUCAACUCAGUCCGAUGGCGCUAGAGAAUCAAUCGGCGGCGAGAUUCACCGGAAAGGUAAAUUGGUUCAACGACUCCAAGGGAUUCGGUUUCAUCACCCCCGACGAUGGCACCACCGAGGAGCUUUUCGUCCACCAAUCCUCCAUCGUCUCCGAAGGCUACCGGAGCCUCGCCAUCGACGAUCUCGUCGAGUUCGAGAUCGCUCUGGGAACCGACGGGAAGACUAAGGCCGUCGAGGUCACCGCCCCCGGCGGCGCUCCUUUGAAAAAGAAGGAGGCUAGCUCCCGUGGGAGAAGCGGUCGCGGCGGAGGUUGUUACAACUGCGGCGAGGCGGGGCAUCUCGCGAAGGAUUGCCGCGACGGCGGGGAGAGAGGAGCGUGUUACACGUGUGGUGAUACUGGUCACUUGGCUAGGGAUUGUGUUCAGAAACCUAGCGGUGAACGUGGAGGAGGACGUGGUGGUGGUGGUUGUUACGAGUGUGGUGAUACUGGUCACUUGGCUAGGGAUUGUGUUAAGAAGUCUGGUGGUGAGCGUGUGAGCGGUGGUGGUGGAGGAGGUGGAGCUUGCUAUACGUGUGGUGGAUCUGGUCACAUGGCUAGGGAAUGUCCGAGUAAGAGACAGUCUGGUGGUAGUGGUUGUUACGAGUGUGGUGGUGCUGGUCACUUGGCUAGGGAUUGUGACAAGAGAGGUGGAGGAGGGAGAAGCUCUGGUGGUUGUUAUGAAUGUGGUGGUGCUGGUCAUAUGGCUCGUGAUUGUGAGAAGAGAGGAAGUGGUGGUGGAGGAGGGAGAAGCUCUGGUGGUGGAGGUGGUGGCAAGUGCUACAAGUGUGGUGAAGGAGGUCACUUUGCAAGGGAGUGUUCUGUUGCUUGAUUGCUUCCCUAUUCAACAAAACAAUAAGAUGGAAGAUGAAUUUGAGUAAUUAAUUACUCUUCGUUUUUCGUUUUAUUAUCUUUUGCUGAUGGGAAUGAUGAUUUCGCCUGGUCCUUUUUGUGUGUUUUUUGAGUUUUUGGUAUUAUUAUUAUUAUACAAUCUUUAGCUAGAUUUGGUUUCUGUUGUUUUUUUUUUGAUGCGCUAUAUGACUUCGGUUGAUUUUGCUUAUGUCACUUUUGAGUUUAAGUGUUUUGUUCUUUUUGUUUCAGUUUAUUGCUUUCUUUUGUACGGGAUGAACUGAAAGUGAAACCCGAGUUUGGUUUGGUUGCCUUUU